ACAAGAAACGCCUUACAAAAAUUAGACUUGUACGAAUAACACUGUGCUAAGCGGAAGAAACCAAUAGAAAGAAUCAGGCUAUCUACCGACUUAGCGUGGUUCCGUCAUAUUCUAGGAACGCUACUGAGCACAUUAAACUACAAUACCCUUAAGCUGUCUUGAUCUCCAACACAACAAACAUCUUUCUUUCCAUAAAUUCUUUACCAAAUCAUCCAUUCACCCACCCUUUCCUUUUUUGAAGAUCAAUCUAUCUCCCAUCCAUCCUCUUUCCUACUUUGAUCAAGAAGUUUUAAUUUUAGUAAUCGUCAAUACUGGGCGAUUUCAAAAGAUAAAUCAUCAAAAUCUUUAGAGCUGUUGUCGACUGUCAAGGUCAAUAUUUAUCAAAAUGUCUGCUGAACCCGACCACGUCGAGCACAAGAAGAAGGUUAACCUCAAGUAAGAAAUGUCUCCAUCUACCAGCUUCCUAUCUUGAGGAUACAGUUCUAACAUCAUAUCUAGUGAUGCAUCUGGUGCUGAGCACAAAGGCGUAAGUCAUCUACAAACCGCCACAGUUUAUGACCACAGCAAGAUCGGACACUAACCAGUAUUCAAUGCAGAACGAUGAUAUUGCAACUGCAAUUUUAAAAAAGAAGAAGAAGCCAAACUCGUUGAUGUGAGUAUAUCCAACAAACACCCCACCUUCCUUGGCCGGUGCUUUGAAACUGACAUGCGGUGGCAACAGGGUUACCGAUGCUGUUAACGAUGAUAACUCCGUUAUUGCCCUCUCCAACAAUACCAUGGAAACUUUACAAUUGUUCCGUGGAGAUACUGUUUUAGUAAAGGGCAAGAAGCGCAAGGAUACUGUUCUCAUCGUCCUUGCUGAUGAUGACCUCGACGAUGGAAGCGCACGUAUGAACCGUGUUGUCAGACAUAAUCUCCGCGUUAAGCACGGUGACAUCGUUACUGUUCACCCAUGUCCUGAUAUCAAAUAUGUAAGUAACAAAAGAUCCACAAGCAUCUGCAAUAUGCUAAUAUGUGCAUAGGCCAAGCGCAUCGCAGUCCUUCCUAUCGCCGAUACUGUCGAGGGUCUUACGGGCUCCCUAUUUGAUGUAUUCUUAGCACCAUAUUUCCGCGAAGCCUACCGACCUGUGCGACAAGGAGAUCUCUUCACAGUUCGCGGUGGUAUGAGACAAGUCGAGUUUAAGGUUGUCGAGGUUGACCCACCGGAGUACGGAAUUGUUGCUCAAGAUACAGUUAUCCAUUGCGAAGGAGAGCCAAUUCAACGUGAGGAUGAAGAAGGGAAUCUGAACGAGGUCGGGUACGACGAUAUUGGAGGAUGCAGAAAACAAAUGGCACAAAUCCGAGAGAUGGUCGAGUUGCCAUUAAGACAUCCCCAACUAUUUAAAUCUAUCGGUAUCAAGCCUCCUCGUGGUGUUCUCAUGUUUGGUCCACCUGGUACCGGUAAGACCCUCAUGGCUAGAGCUGUGGCAAACGAGACUGGAGCUUUCUUUUUCCUGAUCAACGGACCCGAGAUCAUGUCAAAGAUGGCUGGUGAGUCUGAAUCAAAUUUGCGUAAAGCUUUCGAAGAGGCUGAGAAGAACUCGCCUGCUAUCAUUUUUAUCGAUGAAAUUGAUUCCAUCGCACCCAAGCGUGACAAGACCAAUGGAGAGGUCGAACGUCGUGUUGUUUCACAAUUGCUCACACUUAUGGAUGGUAUGAAGGCCAGAUCCAAUGUUGUUGUUAUGGCCGCUACCAAUAGGCCGAACUCCAUUGAUCCAGCUCUUCGUCGUUUCGGUCGCUUCGAUCGUGAAGUCGAUAUCGGUAUCCCUGAUCCAACUGGUCGUCUCGAAAUUCUCCAAAUCCACACCAAGAACAUGAAGUUGGGUGAGGAUGUUGAUCUCGAGCAAAUCGCUUCCGAGACUCACGGUUACGUUGGUUCUGAUGUUGCCUCCCUCUGCUCUGAAGCUGCCAUGCAACAAAUUCGUGAGAAGAUGGAUCUUAUCGAUCUUGAUGAAGAUACUAUCGACGCCGAGGUUCUUGACUCCCUUGGUGUUACCAUGGACAACUUCCGUUUCGCCCUUGGUGUUUCCAACCCAUCUGCCCUUCGCGAAGUUGCCGUUGUCGAGGUUCCAAACGUUCGCUGGGACGAUAUCGGAGGCCUGGAAGAGGUCAAGCGCGAGCUCAUCGAGAGCGUGCAGUACCCCGUGGACCAUCCUGAAAAGUUCCUCAAGUUUGGUCUUUCUCCAUCCCGUGGUGUCUUAUUCUACGGUCCUCCUGGUACUGGUAAGACCUUGCUUGCCAAGGCCGUUGCCAAUGAAUGUUCCGCCAACUUCAUUUCCGUUAAGGGUCCAGAGUUGUUGAGUAUGUGGUUCGGUGAAUCUGAAAGCAAUAUCAGAGAUAUUUUCGACAAAGCUCGUGCCGCUGCACCUUGUGUUGUUUUCCUCGAUGAAUUGGAUUCUAUUGCCAAGUCCCGUGGUGGAUCUAAUGGUGAUGCUGGUGGAGCCUCCGAUCGUGUUGUCAAUCAACUUUUGACUGGUGAGUGUAUUCGGUUUUAAUGCUAUGUGAAUUUGAAAGCUAACCCUACUUAGAAAUGGAUGGUAUGACUUCAAAGAAGAAUGUUUUCGUUAUUGGUGCUACAAACAGACCUGAGCAGCUCGACAAUGCUCUCUGCAGACCUGGUCGUCUAGAUACCCUCGUCUAUGUUCCUCUUCCAAACGAGAGCUCUCGUGCUGGUAUCCUCAAGGCCCAACUCAGAAAAACCCCAGUCGCCGAUGACGUCGACCUCAGCUACAUUGCAUCUCGUACUCACGGAUUCUCUGGUGCUGAUUUGGGGUUCAUCACCCAACGUGCCGUGAAGCUCGCUAUCAAGGAAUCUAUCUCUCUGGAUAUUGAGCGCCGCAAGGCUCUUGAAGCCGCUGGUGGGGAUGUUGACAUGGAGGAUGAAGAUGUUGAGGACCCAGUACCUAAAUUGACCAAGGCUCAUUUCGAGGAGGCUAUGUCACAAGCUAGACGAUCAGUGUCCGAUGUUGAAAUCCGCCGGUAUGAGGCAUUUGCUCAGAGCAUGAAGAGCUCUGGACCUGGGGCUUUCUUCAAGUUCCCUGAAGCUGGUGAGGCCGCCGAGGCUAGCGGAGGAGGUGCUGGUGGAUUUGGUGAUGCUGGUAACGACGACAGCCUUUACGACUAGAUCUGUAUUUUUAAUAUUUUUCUACGUCAUUUACAGCAUACACAUGAGAACCCGACGAACGUUUGGGCGGGCUUUUGACCCGGUGGAAUUUGAUAUGGGCUUCUAUGUCAUUUGACAUAGCCAAGUUUCAUUCAUGACCCCUAACAUACAUUGUAUCAAGCCAAGAGUUGCGACAGGUAUGGAGAUUUUCAUUCAUCGCGAUAUAUGGUCAAGGUGGUGCCCUUAGCAUAGAAUGCAUUAUAAAAACACAUUUCAUA